UCUGUGGUUUACAUGAGGCACCUUUUACCAUGUGAUUAGGUAUUUGUUGUGAAUGUGAUUUUGAGAAAAUUUAAUCAUUGAGUACACAGUAAAGUUAAAUUGUUGUUAUAGUUAUCGUGUUAUUAAGAAAAACAUUUUAAAAGUCAAAGUUUAAGAAUAUAUAAGAGAAAUGCCAAAAUUAGACGAAAAGCCCCGAGUGUAUCUUGAGGAAUUUCGAGUUAAGAAUGCACCCAAUGAUUAUGGAAUGGCUGAUGAGAAAUGGAAUUUUAAAAAAUUUACAAAAAAUAUGCGUAUAGUUAUCGUAAGAAUGGAUAAUUUAGAAAUGGAAUUUGAUAUAAUUGGAAUACAACCAGCCUUCGCAAAUGCCUUUCGUAGGCUGAUGUUGAGUGAAGUUCCAAGUAUGGCUAUAGAAAAAGUUUUGAUUAGAAAUAAUACAUCAAUUAUUCAAGAUGAAAUUCUUUCUCAUAGACUUGGAUUGAUUCCACUUAAAGCUGACCCGAGGUUAUUUGAGUACCGUCCAGAAGGUGCUACUGAGGGUACUGAAUUUGAUACAUUGGAGUUUUCAUUGAAAGUAAAGUGCACUACCAAUAAAUCACAGACAAAAGAAUCAUUUAAGACUGAAGAUUUAUAUGAAAAUCAUAGUGUGUACUCAUCUCAAAUCAAAUGGCAUCCAAUUGGCAAUCAGGCAUCAGUACACAAGGAUGGAGACAUAGGUCCAGUUCAUGGUGAUAUUUUAAUAUCAAAAAUGAGACCCGGUCAUGAAUUAGACCUUAGUCUCAUAGCUGUCAAAGGCAUUGGAAAGGAUCAUGCUAAAUUUUCACCUGUUGCUACGGCGACAUACAGGCUAUUACCAGAAAUUAUAUUGACGCGGGAAGUGAAUGGAAGCGAAGCGUGUUUAUUACAAAGUUGCUUUUCACCAGGAGUUAUUAGUAUUGACUCAAAUGGAUGUGCCUAUGUAAAGGAUGCACGCUACGACAGCUGCAGUAGGAACGUUUACAGAUAUGACAAUAUUAAGGAUGCGGUAAUAUUAAGCAGAAUAAGGGAUCAUUUCAUUUUCAAUGUUGAAUCCGUUGGUGCAAUGUCUCCGCAGGCAAUCUUUGUUGAAGCAGUUAAAAUUUUAAGAGACAAGUGUAAAACAUUACUGGAUGAGCUGAACACAUUUUAAGUUCUAAGAAAUAAACACCUUGGAUAUCAAUAAAAAAUAAAUAAAUAAAACAAGUUUAAUUAUCUUA